AUGGCUAUUACUGGGCUAAUUCCCUACAUUCAGAGUUGCAUUAACGUUGGUUAUGGCAACAAAUUCUCGUCAACAGCUACUGAAGGCCAAGCUGAAUUUCAGUUAUUGCCAUACCAGGUCCACGCUUUAGAAAAUGAAUUACCAACAGCAGCAACUAUAACACGCAGUGAGGCACUCCAAUAUUACAAGCAGAUGCAAACAAUUCGGCGGCUGGAAGUGACAGCUGAUAACCUAUAUAAAUCAAAACAGAUUCGCGGAUUUUGUCAUCUGUAUAAUGGCCAGGAAGCUUGUGCUGUUGGAAUCGAAGCCGCAAUAACACCAGAAGAUAGCAUUAUUACUGCUUAUAGAGCGCAUGGUUGGACUUAUCUGCGUGGAGUAAGUGUGGAAGGGGUCUUGGCGGAAUUAAUUGGUCAUGAAAAUGGAUGUGCUCGAGGAAAAGGUGGAUCUAUGCACAUGUAUGGAAAAAAUUUCUAUGGCGGUAAUGGUAUUGUUGGAGCUCAGGUUCCCCUAGGAGCUGGUAUUGCAUUUGCUCAUAAGUACAACAAAGACAAUAAGGUCUGUAUUACCUUGUAUGGGGAUGGAGCAGCUAAUCAAGGCCAGGUAUUUGAGACUUUCAAUAUGGCCAAGUUAUGGAGUCUCCCAUGCAUUUUUGUAUGCGAAAAUAAUAAAUAUGGAAUGGGAACAUCAGUAGAACGUGCAUCUGCUUCCACCGAAUACUAUACAAGAGGAGAUUAUAUACCCGGAAUUAGGGCAAAUGGACAUGAUGUGAUUACUGUUAGAGAAGUGACAAAAUUUGCGGCUGAUUGGUGUCGUAAUGGAAAGGGACCGAUUAUUAUAGAAUUAGAAACUUACAGAUAUAAAGGUCACAGUGUUAGCGAUCCUGGUAUUAGUUACCGCACGAGAGAUGAAAUUGAUCAUGUUCGUAAAACGAGUGAUCCAAUUGCGAUGCUAAAGAAGAAGCUAUUAGAUAGUAGCCUUGCUACUGAAGAUGAAAUUAAGGGUAUCGAUAACGAAAUUAAAAAUUACGUCAGUGGUGAAUUAAAGAAGGCCCAAAACGGUAAAGAGUUACCCUUAGAAGAUCUUUAUAACGACGUGUAUGUUGGCGAUGAAAGUGAAGUCAAAGGAUGUGAACCGUUCGCUUAUAAUAAAUCAAAAAGUACAUUUAUGUAACCACUAUAGUAAAUUAGAAAAUGCUAUCAUUUUUCUAUGAUUAUAAAUAUAUUUGAAUCUUAUCCGCUUGGUAUAAUUUAAUAUAUAAUAAAGAAAGCGUAGUUUUUACCUCCAGUGACUGUAUUACUAGCGAUACAAUUUAGUUUGAUUUGCAGGUUUUGCUAUUUUUAAUUGUG